UUGGUCACGCGAACCACACGUGCAGCAUAUCUGCCAUCGUGCAUACACACGGCCCAGACUCCGAUAGGCGAUCCACACGACACGAGAAAGAACCGGGCCCAGAGCGAUAAGAUUCCUUUUGAGAUGUCUUGUAGGGCCAAGGUUACGGAGGAGAGCGAACAUUGGCAGCAGGGCCAAGGGUUGGCGGGCGUGACGCUCGAAGUGAGGGGAGCACAUGUAGUUGUGCUGUGCUUGGGAGAAGGGUGUCUUGGCUGCUUAUACGCUGCGGAGCUUUCGGAGAAACUCGUCCCGCCGUACUUGGCGAGCCCAGCAUUGGCGACGCCUUCGGACAUCGUCCGUAUUGGCGUUGACAAAAAGCCUCUGCAGCUCGGCCAAAUGUGCGAGGAAGUCGGCCGUUUGUUAGUGCUAUCGUGACGGGGCGACGCCCAAGUACGAGACGAUGUCUUUGUGGCUCGUUCCAGACCGUGUCAGAUAUCACUAACGGCUCAUGGAUGUGUUGAGAGAGCGUAUUAUUCCUCGGGUACGGCGCCGAAGCA